GACUCGUUGCAUCAUACGAAACUUUGUACAAACUUGGAAGACGAUACAAUGGAUACAAAGAGUUCGAAAAAGUACUCCGACAACAAUUGUGAGCUUGAAACACUCAUCACUGCGAAUGAUGAUACACAACCAAAGGAAAAAAAGUUUUAUUUUAUUUUAGUUUAUAAUGACACCGAUAAUCAUGAAAUACGCGGCAAGCGUAAAAGAUACGAAGACAAUUUACAAAAAAGAGGCUUGUUAUUAGAGACUGUGCCAUUAAGCAAGCUCGAAGACAAGAACAUAUACUUCGUUUUGGUGCACGCACCGUUAGACCCAGUCCUUUUCCAAAAAGCAGAGGACAUGCAUAUUCAAAUGCCAUUAAAAGAUGAAACCAACAGUGAACCGGCCACGUCCAACAGUGAACCACAAAGUAUACUGAUAAGGUUCUAUAGAAAGCUCGUAGAUAAACGCCUUGAUCCAUUCACAGUAAAGAAACCCACCGUUCGCACUCAAAAUUGGAACACGGUGACUUCCUUUUCAAAAUUGAAUGUUAAGGCUUUUCAGAAAAAAGACGACAAAGGUUUCUUUGAGAAUGCUGAAAGAAGUCGAAUGGUAAAAGGAAUUCUACAAUUGACAUCGUUUACAGUUGACGAGUCAGGGGAAGUCAAUGAAAAACAUGAUGACGACACAAGACUUGAUGAAGGUCACGGUAUUGAACAAUUGUGUCAUAAAGGAGUGUAUGAAUGUUACUAUCCAAUGCAUGAUGGACCUUCAAUAAUACAUGAUAAUCACAUGGACAACGAUCGGCAAAGGUUGCGCGCAGACUGGGCAACAUUUUCAAUGUCUUUAAAAUAUCAACCUUUAGAUGCAAUCCGCGAUUAUUUUGGUGUCCGUGUUGGUUUCUACUUUGCAUGGCUAGGGUUGUAUACAAGUUUUCUAGCUCCUGCAGCUGUUGUGGGUUUGUUGUGCUUUAUUUAUGGACUUUGUACGAUGAACACAGCACAACCAUUGAAAGAGAUAUGUGAUAAAAAGAAUGAGAGAAUCGCCGUUUAUUUGACAAACUGGGAGAAUCCAAGAACUUUGUCCGAUUAUCACAAUAGCCACACAUUAAAAAUGUACGUCCUUGAGUCGGUAAACACCUACUUUCCACUCAUCAACCUUGCCUUCUUUAAAACCAGUUUGAUCAACGGUAAUCCCUCAAAGUACAACAGAAUCAAUGGCGGACGGAUUGAGGAAUGUAAUGCAGCUGGUUGUUUGAUUGAUGUCAUAUAUCUUUUCGUCUUCAUGACUGGUAAACAGAUUCUGAACCUGGGAAAUGAAUUUGUCGUACCGUACACUUUUACAAUGAGUUCCCAAACGAUGGUGGGAUCGCUCCCGAUACCUCAAUGGGAAGAUGAUUAUUGGUUGGAGGAAGAGCCCGAAUUUCGCAUAUUUUACGAGUAUCUAGAUAUGGUGAUACAGUUUGGUUUUGUGACAAUGUUUGUUGCCUCGUUUCCAUUGGCUCCUCUCUUUGCCGUCAUCAACAAUUUCGUGGAAAUCCGAGCUGACGCCCUCAAUUUUGUGGUAAAUUAUCAACGUCGUGUUUCUGAGCAAGUUAAAAAUAUUGGCAUUUGGCUCGGCAUACUUACGACAAUAUCUGCAGUCGUAAAUUCGUUUGUCAUCGCUUUUACGACUGAUUUUAUACCAAGGUUUGUGUACGUCCAUUACUACAGUGAAAGUGGUUCACUCGAAGGUUAUGUAAACAAUUCCCUCAGUUAUAUCAAGAUAUCUGAUUUAGAGAAAGACAGUCUUCCCGAAGAUCGUUACAAAAAUCUGAACUACACACUGCCUUACUGCAGAUUCAAAGAAUAUCUGGAACGAAAUAAACCAUAUAACUUCAGUAAACAGUAUUUCACCGUAAUGAUGUCUCGUUUCAUUUUCAUCGCCGUCUUUCAUUAUGUGAUUUACAUCCUACGAUAUUUUGUAAAAUGGCUUUUUCCUCAAGUUUCCAACUCGUUGCAGACAAAGAUUUCACGAAAAAUGCACGUGACCAGAAUGCGCUUUCGCAAAAGUGCAGUUCAAGCCAUGCAAGAGACAAUCAAACAGGAAUCUGAGCGACGGCGAAACUCAAAGUCGACAUUUACAGAGCACUCUGAUGGUCAAUUGAUACGCAGAACAAAUUCCGCCAAUAUGCACACUUAUGUUUGAGUUUAAACAAAAUAGUGUAGUUGAAGAAUUCUUUGUAACAUUUUUAAUUAUUUUUGUCAUGUUAGCCGGACUAUGUUAUUUCUACAAACAAACAUAAGAUUUCGCCAUGGUAAAUAUUUAUAUCUUAUGUAAGAAUGCUUUAUUUGGGUCCGACAU